AUGAACGGCAUCCGUGUUCAGUUUACCCAGGAGCUGACAUCAUCCUCAACUGGAUUGCAGCCUUUCCGUCAACUGGAUUACAGACUUCCAAAACCUUCUCCUGAUGCCAAGCAUUUUCUCUGCUCCUUUAUCAACGGCACCCGUGUUCAGUUUACCCAGGAGUUGUCCUCAUCCUCAAUUGGAUUACAGCCUUCCAAAGCCUUCUCCGACGGCCAAGAACUGACGUCACCUUCAACUGGAUCAUAG